AUGGCUUAUAAUGCCACAUCGCCGCCCGCACUCCGAGUCCCUCCUCCACACACGGAAUUCAUGGUCGGCUGGAUAUGUGUACUGAAAGAGGAGUACCGCGCAGCUGUGAGCAUUUUGGACGAAAAAUAUGAUACCGCCGGCCUGGUUCGCGGUCAAGGGGAUAAGAAUCACUAUGUUCUUGGGCGGGUUGGGACGCAUAACGUGAUGAUAAAUCUCCCACCAGCAGAAAUGUAUGGACAACUCCAUGCAACUAGAAUCGCUCUCGACAUGAGAAGCACUUUUCCUAGAAUGCGAUUUGUGCUUCUUGUUGGCAUCGCAGGCGCAGCACCUUCCCAGAAACAUGACAUCCGCCUUGGUGAUGUAGUUCUGGGAACCAAGGUUGUUCCUUAUGCAACUGGGAAAGAAACCGACCAUGGCUUUGAACGGACUGGCCUGGUAAGAACUCCAGCGAGAGAACUUUUAGAGACGAUCACGUUUUUGGAAGAGCGGUUUUGGUCGGGACAUGUUAGCCUGUCGGACUCUAUUGAGCGCAUUCGUACAAGAACCACCAGAGGCCGAACAGCAUUCCUCCGUCCUGCACAAGAUCGACUUUAUAAAGAAGGAUUUCUUCAUCAAGAGUCGGUGUGCGAUUGCCUACGACCUGAAUCGCAGCAGCAAGUCAACUUGUGUUCACGGCAAGAUCGUGAAGGAGAUCUGGUCCGGUUGUUUCAAGGGGGCAUUGGGUCUGAUAAUCAUGUCAUAAAGAAUGCUCACAACCGUGAUGACAUCGCCAAAAAAGAGAAGAUCUUGUGUUAUGAGAUGGAAGCCGCCGGGGUGAUGGACAUCACUCCUUGUCUUCCCAUCCGAGGGAUUUCAGAUUACGCGGAUGGGCACAAGAACGAUGAUUGGCAUUUAUAUGCCGCUUUGGCAGCAGCAGUAUGUGCCAGGGAGCUGUUGUUGUCUGUCCCGCCACAGAUUGUUGCUCAAUUCCCCCUAACUCUCGCCGGAAACCUCGUGGAUCGCUAUAUAACAGGUGCGGUCAGCACCCCAAAUGCCUUUUCUGGCAAUGAGAUCGAGAAGUUGAGACAAAUGCGCGAUAGUUUAAUGGAGCGUCACGAUUUUCUUGAAGAGCUCAUGGUGCCGGAGCUCCGAAAGAUGAAGGACAAAUCACGCGAUGAUAUCGAAAACGUGCGAGAUGGGGUGCAGAAACUAAAGGACUUGCAAUCAACCUUGAAGAUACACCUGCAAGAUCUUGAUCGAUUUUUGAAACGUCAUGACGAUUUGCUUUUGAGUGAAGAUCCAGUCGUCCGAGAAGCGUACAAGAAAUUGAAGACUCAAGUAUAUAGGGAUGGAGAAGCAAUGGAGAAGUUAUCCGAACUCGCCCAGGAUAGCCUUCAGGCGACAGGCAAAAUGCUAAGAGGCUUGGGACAGGAUUUGAAAAACAGAGAUUUGAGUAUCGCGGGAACUGUGUUGGGGGCGAGUGGUGAGUUUCUAGGACAUGUUAUGAGCAUCUGGAAAUCAAGUAGAAUGUCCCCAACCGCUAUGUGGCGAUGGUUGCACAGAAAAUUGCGCAUGAUCCGCAACCCUCCAAAUUCAAACCAUACAAUCGAGAUGGAAUCUCUCCUAGUUGAGGCAUAA